AUGUCUAGCAGCGGCAACAAAAAGCUUUCCAUUGAAGAAAGACUGUCGCUAGCGGCUCGCGCUAAGGGCAGGAAAAAAGGCAAGAGGCUUGACUCUCCAUCUCUCUCAAUACCAUCGCCAGAUGCAGAAUCUGAAGCCAGCGAGUUGAGAGAAUUAGACAAUGUAAACACAACCAUCGAACCUGAACAGCGUGAGCUUGGAGCGCAAUCUGACGAAGGAUUCGAGGAUUUCGCGGCUAUUCUACCGGCAGACUAUCGAAACCUGUCAGUUGAAGAACUGCUAAUUGCUCUCAGGCCGCACCUGGCUCAAUCAAACAGCACUGCCACGACAGCUAGCAGUCCUAUCCGACAGGAGCAAACCGACACUAGCUUGGUCAAACUAAUUAAGGAAAAGGAUUCGAUAAUAGAUGAACUUCGCAAAGAGGGCGAAAAUCUGUCCAAAAUCGAAUUACGGCAUAGUAAUACAAUUAAGGGGCUUCGAGAAAGGGUCAAGACCCUAGAGCAUAAAUUGGAAUGCAAGAACGGGGAUCUUGAAGCGAAAACCGUGGAGCUUGACACCUUGUCGGGUGACUUUAUAGAACUGCAGUCGAAGUGUAGAGAAUCCGCCUUAAAAAUUGAAUUACUCUUGCAAGAGCGUGAUAGUGCUGAGUCCGAGCUUGAUAUUUUGAGAACUGGCCAGUUGCUUGAACUACAGCAAGAGCUUGAGAAAGCGCGGCAAACAAUAAAGCAACUGGAGCUGCAGUCGCAGAGAUUACGGGAUCAGCUUGAAACUGCCACCAUGAAGUCAGACAUGAAAUAUCAGGCUCUCGAAGAAACAUCGAAGGGAGAAAUAGCUAGGCUAGAAAUGGCUUUCGAAGCAGCGAGGAUACAACUAAGUCAGCUCUCGUCAAAUUCUGAAAUUACAACUGACAAAAGUUAUAAUGGUAAUGAUAAUUCACGACUGGCCUCUCAACACAAAGAUCUGGAGACCCAGUUUGAGAUAAGUAGGGAGAACUGGUCUAGUAUUGAAUCAUCAUUGCGCCAAAAAAUACUUGAACUUGAAUCCAGGUUAGGAAAAGCCGAAGAGGCCCGCAAGUUUGCCGAUGAAGGGCAAAUAACUCUCCGCGAUGAAAACUCAGAUUACAAGAGUAGGCUUGAAAGGUCAGAACAUGAAAAAGUAAGAUUGGCACGAGAGAUCGAAGAACUUCAAAGAAAGGUUGCUACGCUAGGACACAGCCUCAGUGACGCUGAGGAUGAUGUCAAGCUCUGGCAAGAAAAAUACAGAGUUCGUAAGGCCGAACUGGAAAGCCGUUUAUCAAUUUCUAAAGCUCAAGCAGGCCCCGAGUCCGAAGUGGAGUCUGCUGUUCAUGGUGAAGAGCCGACCUCCCCGAAUGGCCGGGAUAUUGAUAAAAUCUCGAACUGGGAACUACAGGACCUGCAGAACUUGGGCACUUCUUUUGUAGGCAACGAAGAGGUAGCGAGUAUCAAGUCACAGUACGACCUUGAAGAACUCUUGCCCAGUGAGGCAGGCGACCUACCAGGAUCCCUCAGAAAAAGCAGCAUAGCGUCUUUCGAUUACACACCCUCACAACAGCAACGAAACACUCUUCAGAACCAUCAGAACACGCAGAUGAAUGCACAAAUGAUAGGUCGAUUGGGGGCACAGAUAAGGAGACUUGAGACUGAACUUGCUUCACUACAAGAAUCACACCAAAAACUUUUAAAGGAAAAGCAAACCGUAAAUGAUACUAUAUUCAAGCUUAUGGAGGAAAACGAAAGAGUUGCCGAGAUCAAAGAUCAGCUGAAAACAUCAAGUGAGCGAGGAAAGUCAUUGGAAGAAGAAUUGAACAAUACUGCACAAGCUUUAGCAGACCGCGCUGAGCGUGUGGAAGAGCUGGAAAAUGACGUGAACGACUUGAAGGAGUUACUGCAAAUGCAAUUCCAACAGCUAGUAGAACUACAAGAGCUCGUGCGAUGA